ACAAAAACAGAGAAUAGAAUUUCUGACGCGUUGGAUUGGUUGGAAGAAAAUUUCCGACGAUAUUCCUAUUACCUGUUGCCUAGUAUUGUGUGAUAGGCUUUACUGUCUGCUGAGCGGUUUAUUCUUUUCGGCUACACUUCCGUACACUCGCGAGGUGCAAACGGUGCAGUGACAUUUCGGAUCGUUUUCGGAACACGUUGCGACAACAACGCCAAGAUCGCCAAGCGAGUAAACGCGUAUACCCAAUGCAGACCGUUUAAAUUUCAAAAGGUAACGGCAUUCGAGACAGCAUGUUCGUAACGCGGCGUCGCUUACGACGAGCCGUGACGCGUGUGAGUCUAUUUCGUGCAAUAGAGUGACAGGGAUCGAGAACAUUAAGUCCAAAUUAUGGGCGAUCAACCGGAGUGGAAGGCCGUUGCGGCAAGAAUGGCCGUGAUCACCGACCAGGGACUCGAGGACCUGCGAGAUGUCUGGGUGGACAUCGGUUGCACCCAGGACAUGCGCAUGACAUACUACGAGCAAGCACACGAUCACGUAAAGUUCCUCUUCAGCGAUAUGGUAUGUGAGGCGCAGUCGAAAAAGCAGCUCCUACUCGACAGCGUCCAGAAUCUCUUGGAGCAAACGACAUCGCUAUACGCGGAGCUGCAAAUAGAUAUGAUACACAAAACGUACGAUCAGGUCCCCUUGUGCAAGGUCGAGCAGAUGCUGCGGGCGGACCUACAAGAGUUAGAGUGCAUAAAGAAGAAGCGUAUGCUGAUCUUGCAGGAGUUGCUGUCGCAGGAAAGCGACAUCUGUAAAAGGCUCGGUUGCAAGGCGGUGAACAUCGUCGCGGACGUUUUGCCCACCGAGCUAGAGCUCGAGAGCUUCAAGGUCUAUCUGCAGAAGCAGGAGAUCGAGAAGAUGCGUUUGGAGAACGUUUUCGCAGACGUGCGUCGCGACGUCGUCAGGAUGAUGGGCGACUUGGAUAUAUCUCCGUCCUCGCCCUUCGAGGAACUGGUCUGCAACAAUCCCAGGGAGUUCGUGCUGUGUGCGAGCAAUAUGACGAAGUUGCGCGAGUUCAGGGACGGGCUGAGUACGCAGGUGGAAGAUACUAAGUGCUGCGUCGAGAGGAUGAAGGAGGAUCUAAUGGCGCUGUGGAAGUAUCUCGACGAGCCGGUCGAUGUUUGUCAAUCGUUCCUCGAAAAGCACUCUGGCUAUAGUACUAGUACCGUGAGUGCCUUCAGCGCGGAGAUAAAGCGCUGCAAAGAAAAGAGGAAAGAGAACAUCUCCAAGUAUGUCAAGCAGGUCAGAUACGAACUGCUGGAUCUGUGGGACCAGUGCAAGUAUUGCGAGGAGGAGAGGACCACUUUCGCGCCAUUCUACUCCAACACGUUCACGGAGGACCUGCUGACGUUGCACGAGCUGGAGGUGGAGAGGCUGCGCAAGUUUUACAACGAUAAUCGAACUAUAUUCGAGCUUCUGGAGCAGCGGGACAGCCUGAUAAUGAAGAUAAAGGAGCUGCUGCAGCGGGCAAACAAUCCCGAUCGCUACCACAAUCGCGGUGGGAAAUUGCUGAUGGAGGAGAAGGAGCGCAAGGCGAUCCAGAAGAAGUUGCCCAAGAUAGAAGCGGAGUUGAGGCAGCUACUCCAAGAAUACGAGUCUAAGCACGAUCAAAUUUUUACCAUUAACGGCACGUCGCUGGAAACCAUUUUGGCGGAGACCUGGGAAAGUAUUACUCAAGAGAAGGAGACGAUAAAGAAAGCGAGGAAGGAAGCGAAGGAUAGGUCGAUCAAGAAGUCGCCUCUGAACAGCUCGAAGCGGACGCCGGGCAUGUCCCUGAGCGUGCACAAGGUUCUGACGCCCCGACCGGGGCUGUCGAAGCGCAAAUUGUUCAGCCCGUCUCCCAACUCGUCAAUAAAGCGCAGGAACAAGAACGGCGACAAGGCCAUGCCUACCGUUACCGUGUCCAAGGUCCGAAGGAGCGGGAGGCUGCCGAAAAUCCAGAAGCCGGGCAGAUCCUCCAAGGGCGGGCAGAAGAAGAGGAACUCGCUGUCGCCCAUCAACAGCAUCACCGACACGACCUACAAUCAGUUCCAGGGCCACAUGACUGACAGGGAGGAGCUACACAGCUCGAUGCUGCCGGAGCAGAUACUAAGGAACUCGAACAAGAGCAACGUCAACAGGACGCCGGUGCGAACGCCCAUGAAGCCGCUGAGGAAGCAUCUCGCCGCGGCAACGACGCCCGUUGGCUCCGCUCGCAAAGCGCCGCACAGCCCCAGAGCCGCAAACACCCCGAAACUCGCGCCAGCCCCGAACAGCCUAGCCUUUAUCUUUUAAGCGGGACAAUAAGUUUUUAAUACAUGACAAAUAAGACAACUUUAAAGAUAAUUCUCGCCCUCGAGAAUGACAUGACGAAUUUAAUUUUAACGUUCGUCCCCUCUGUCUUUCUCUCGCCAAUCGUGCUAAAGAUUUGUCAGUUUCAAAAUAAAUUUUAAUAUAUGUAUGACAGUACAAAUAGAGAAGUCGAGGUACUUUGUUGUUUGGUGAAGUUGGAAUGCUAGAAUGUACUUGAAUUGUUUCCCACGUUGUUGACAAACACAGUCGAAAUUGGUUUAAGUGGAGUGUACGAGUUAAGUGAAAAGAAAAAGCACAUCUUACAAUAUCUUUUACCGAGUAGAAGUGUAGUUGAAUGCAAUUUUUAUACGCAGCUGUACUAUAUAUAGUAGAUUAAGCGUUUAGUUAAUACUAAAUAAUUCGUACGCACAUAAUAAUUAAUAACCCAGAGAACAUGCUUGUCUAAAAUACAUCUUGAACGCGUCUAUUAGUCUUAUGUCUAAAAGACGACUAACAGACGUCUUAAAGAUGUCUUUUGGACAUGCAUGUUCUCUGGGAAGUUAGUGUAUAAAUAUAUCCGUAAAUUUUAACGUACUUUUAGGUGGAAAAAUAUUUCUAUAACUCACGAGAAAGACCUUUGCAUGGUCUUUAGUCCCAGUCUACAAUAGAGAUUUAAACCCCAAGCCUUAAGAAAUUGACUAAUCACAGUCGCGUA